AUGGACGCUUACUCUGGUUAUAAUCAAAUUAUGAUGUACGACGAUGACAAAGCGAAGACAUUUUUCAUCAUCGAAAGGGGGACCUACUGCUACAAGGUCAUGCCCUUUGGGCUGAAGAAUGCCAGAGCAACCUACCAAAGGCUCGUGAAUAAAAUUUUCAAUGAGCAGAUCGGCAGAACCAUGGAGGUCUACGUGGACGAUAUUCUGGUCAAAGCCCCCAAGCAGGCAGACCACCUCAAAAACCUCACCGAGGCGUUUAGCCUGCUCCGCCAAUAUUGCAUGAAGCUGAAUCCAAGUAAAUGCACGUUCGGUGUAUCGUCUGGCCGGUUCCUGGGGUACUUAGUGAUGCAACGAGGUAUCGAGGCACACCCGCGCCAAAUCAAAGCCAUUCUUGAGAUGAAGUCUCCUUUUACAGUGAAGGAAAUACAAAGCCUGACGGGCAGAGCAGCGGCCCUCAAUAGAUUCCUCUUAAAAUCUACCGACAAGUUCAGACCAUUCUUCAAAGCUUUGAAGAAUGGACAAAAAGACAAGUGGGACGAGGAGUGA